AGUAAUCUAACACCUAAAUCCCUCGGCUCAGCCUCCGCGCUUCUCCCUAGUCGUCCAAUGGCGGCCACCGAGCUCGAAGAGCUCCUCGGCUUCCUCUCCUCCCCUUCCCCCAACCUCAAGCAAGCAGCCCUCGAGAUCGUCCGUGGCCUCACCGGCUCCGAUGAAGGUAUCGCCUCCCUCGCUGCCGCCCCCCGUGCCCUCGCCCUUCAACCCCUCACCUCACUCCUCCGUGACCCCACUCCCGGCCUUGCCUCCUCCGCCGCUGACUCCCUUGUCAACCUCUCUCAGAACCCUAGCAUCGCUGAAGGGCUCGUUUCGCUGGGCACCAUCCUGGUUGCCAUGGAUUUGGUCUAUAAGAACGGUGUGGAUCCCGGGCUUGCGAGCCGGCUGGUGAUGCUGCUCGCUAAUCUCACUCAGAUUGAUUCCGGCGCCACCGCGCUGCUUCAGAUUGGAGAUGAUAAGAUGGAGGGCUUGUAUGUCUCAAAGCUUGUGAGGUCGUUCUGUCGGUCUUCUUCCAGUGAAGCAAAAGAGGAUAUCUUUGAGCAUGUUUCUCUUGUACUUGUAAAUAUAUCGAAGCUCGAAGCUGGAAGGAGGAUUCUAUUGGAUCCGAAACGAGGCCUUUUGAAGCAGAUUGUUCGUCAGUUUGAUUCAUCUAGUCUGCUUAGAAAGAAGGGGGUAGCUGGAACAAUACGUAAUUGUUGUUUUGAAGCGGACAAUCAACUCCAAAAUUUGCUUUUGAUAUCCGAGUUUCUUUGGCCCGCAUUACUUCUACCAGUCGCAGGCAACAAGGUUUACAGCCAGGAAGAUACAUCAAAAAUGCCUCUGGAGAUUGGGAAUGCCCUUUCUCAUGAUCGGGAACCUGUUGAUGAUCCAGAAAUCCGUGUGCAGGCAUUAGAAGCCAUUUACUUGAUUACCUUGCAGGAGGCCGGACGCAGAGCUCUGUGGUCUGUCAAUGGACCACGGAUACUGCAAGUUGGUUAUGAAGAUGAAGAGGAUCCGAGAGUAAUGGAAGCAUAUGAGUCGAUCGGCUCUCUGCUUGUUGGCAAUCCUGACACCGAGGAAUCGGCGACUCAAAAUGUUAAGAACAACUGAUUGAUUGAUUGGCCUUAAACUGUUUCCACUUUCCCAGCUAUAUUUUUUCCUCUGCUGGUUUUGGUGUGUGGGGAGACUAUCUGUAAUUUAUUUUCUUCACGCUUUUAUUUCAAUGAGAAAAAUUUUUAGUA